AUGCCGGACCUCCAUGACAUGGUCCGAGGAAUGGGUGGAGCGAAGAUUUACAGCACCAUGGAUUUGAAAUCAGGAUACUGGCAGGUGGGUCUCUCACCAGAGACACGUCCACUUACGGCGUUUAGGACCCAAAGAGGAUUAUUCCAGUUCAGAGUAAUACCUUUUGGACUUAAAAACGCCCCCUGCCACAUUCUGUCGCUUGGCGUUUGUGGUUGGUACAGUCAGUUUGUGCCACACUACGCCGAGAUCACAGCACCACUCACGAGUCUGUUGGCCAAAGGGACCAAGUGGCGUUGGUCAGAAAUUGAGCAAGAGGCGUUCCGGAAGUUUAAGGAGUCUUUGGUGUCCGCACCACGGCUCUGCCCUCCUCUUCUGGGUAAGCCAUUCAAUCUACAGACCGACGCAAGCGAAGUCGAAGUUGGUGCCGUGCUCUUCCAGCGAGGGGAGAGUGGUGACAGGAAAAUCAUUUCCCACGCCAGCAAAAAACUCAAUCCAGCACAGGGAAGAUACUCGGCAGUUGAACGUGAAUGUCUAGCCAUAGUUUGGGCGGUUAACAGGUUCAGGCCGUAUCUUGAGUCUGGUAAGUUUAUGUUAUUUACAGAUAACGCGGCACUCCGAUGGUUACAGCAAGCUCGCUGUACCAACAGCAAACUAACGCGAUGGGCGCUACAACUCGGGGCUUUUGAUUUUGAAAUCCGGCACGUGCCCGGAGUAGAAAAUGAAGCAGCCGACGCGCUAUCCCGUUAUCCGGUGAGACCGAAUACAGUGGACGAAGAAUCGUUGGAGAACAACAUCCACGAUCCCCCAGUGAUUCGGCCCGGAGUGUCCGGAGAAACUUCCGGAGUCUUCGGUGAUCUGUCCGGCAUGUCCAGAGGAUCCAGUGUGGGUGUCACCCAGUGUGGAGCGAUCCAGCCGAAGAGGGAUGACGGAAACGUCACAUUGCAUGUUGUCCGAGAGUGGCAACAAAACGACCCGAACAUACGGGAGAUAGUUGCUAGACUCUCCGGAGUCGGUGCAAGGUUCGGUCGGCUUCGGAAGUUGUACGUCAUCCGGGACAAGGUGUUGCACCGCCACCCUCGAUCCAUCGCGCAUGGAGAAGAGGGGGUGGUUGUCCCGGUAGACAAGGCCCAGAUUCUGCUACAAAGGUUUCACGACCACAAUACAGCGAAUCACCCAGGGUGGAAAGAAACGUACUGA